AUGAUGGCCUUCAAGCUUCAACCAUCCAUCGAACCAUCAAGCUAUUGGUGUUCCCAGCAUUGCGAGGGAACCGCACUGAAGGCAAUAAAAUUAUACCUCGGGGCGAUAAAUACAGAAUCGUUUGUAGAGUUUACCAGCGGCAACGCAGCGGAUCGCGCAGCUUUGGCGAGGCUCGCCUGCUGUCCAUGUCCGGGUAAUGUUGCUGCUCCGGGAAAGAGCUUGCCCCUAAUCUGCCUGGUUCCACGCGAUGGGAAGUCUAAACGCGCCGACGUGGACAAGCCCCAACCGUCUGCUACCUCGCCAGCCACCAGCCCCACGCAAGACUUCCCACUGCUCGACGAGGAAUACAUCAAGAAGCACUUCAAACUGCCACCGCGGCCGUUGUACCUCGACCCGUUCAGAUUCAUUUGGCACUCCUGUAAAAAGUCUGACAAGAAGGAAACGGGCCGAGAAUUAAAGCGUGGCGGAGGCCCCCUCAAUAAGCCAAAACCGUGGCUACUCAGCAGGCAUACCGAUUUCGAUUUAUUGUCACAAUGG